GAAUCCUGCUUACGACACCCGUGGGUAUUCAGAAACGGCCACCAAAAUUCAUGAGCUACAGGUAAUCCGUGACGCGAUGGAGGACGCCCCACCGCACCACAUUCCAUCCGCACCGGUCACGAAGGAAACGAUUCCGCUCAUCGAGAAGGCACCCAAAACGCGCUGGUUCAGCUGCUGGUGCUGGGCAUGGCGAAAAUGGUGUGCCUCGAAGGAACUGAAACCCCGCACGAUCUACAUCGGGCGGCCACUCACGGAAAAGUUUCCACCGAACGAGAUCCGCAACCAGAAGUACAACAUUUUCACCUUUCUGCCGCUAGUUCUGUUCGAGCAGUUCCGCUUCUUUCUAAAUCUGUACUUCCUCAUCAUGGCCGUCAGCCAGUUUAUACCGGAAAUUCGUAUCGGGUACCUUUACACCUACUGGGGUCCACUCGGGUUCGUGCUGGCCGUGACGAUAUGUCGUGAGGCGGUCGAUGAUCUAAGGCGGCACAAACGGGACCGGGAGGUAAACUCACAGAAGUAUAAACGGUUUGCCAGCGCUGAUAAACCACCGGAAUCUGUCUCGUCCUCGAAACUGCGUGUCGGUGACAUCAUUAUGGUGGAAAAGGAUGAACGAGUGCCGGCGGAUUUGAUUCUGCUGCGCACCAGCGAUAAAAGUGGAGCCGUGUUUGUUCGUACCGACAUGUUGGAUGGUGAGACAGAUUGGAAGCUGAGACUAGCGGUUCCGGCAACGCAGAAACUUGCCUCUCAUGGUGAACUGCUGACGGUGAAUGCAUCGCUGUACGUUGAGAAACCACAGCGGGACAUACACACGUUCAUCGGGACAUAUUCAAAGCUCGGUGGAACGGAAGAUGAAGGUUUAAAUGUGGAAAAUACACUCUGGGCAAAUACGGUCGUCGCAUCCGGCACAGCCGUCGGUAUCGUUAUCUACACUGGGAGUGAAACGCGCAGCGUCAUGAACAAUUCGCAACCUCGCUCAAAAGUGGGUCUGCUCGAUCUGGAAAUUAAUAAUCUCACAAAGGUCCUGUUCUGUGCCGUCAUCGGGCUGUCAUUCGCAAUGAUGUGUCUGAAGGGAUUCAACGGACCCUGGUAUCGCUAUAUGUUCCGGUUUGUGCUGCUGUUUUCCUACAUCAUCCCGAUCAGCUUGCGCGUGAACCUCGACAUGGGCAAAGCGUUCUACUCGUGGCAGAUUCAAAAUGACGAUGAAAUCAAGGGUACGGUGGUGCGUUCCACUACCAUCCCGGAGGAGCUUGGGCGCAUGUCGUAUCUGCUGACGGAUAAAACUGGUACCCUAACGCAGAACGAGAUGAUCUUUAAAAAGAUCCACGUCGGUACGGCUGCGUAUGGUCGGGACACUUUUCCGAUGGUGUCGGCCGCCAUUCAAUCCGUGUACGGGACACUUACGACACCGGCCGAUGCAUCACCGGACGAUCACGGUGCCGAGUAUCAACCGAGACUGCGUAAACCGGACGGAUGGCGUAUUUGGGAAUCAGUAAAAGCGCUCGCGCUCUGUCACAACGUUACACCGGUGUAUGAAAGUAGCAGUAGUAACGGUGGAAGUAGCUCUCUGUCUUCCACCUCCGGCACGGAACGACGACAAUCACCUUCUCGGUCAAUUUCCGUAGAAAGUCAAGCCGGUGAACCAUCGGCGGGAAAGACGACUACAACGGAGAAAACGUACCAAGCGUCCAGCCCGGAUGAGAUCGCACUGGUAAAAUGGACGGAAUCGGUCGGAUUGACGCUGGUACAGCGGGACCUGAACCAUAUGACGCUACAGAUACGCGACGCUACUCGCGAAAGUACGGGAUUGAUGAAGUACCAAAUACUGCAAACGUUCCCAUUUACGAGCGAAAACAAGCGCAUGGGAAUUAUAGUGCGUGAGCUAAAUGGUGGCGAGAUAACCUUCUAUCUGAAAGGUGCCGAUGUCGUUAUGUCCGGCAUUGUGCAGUACAAUGAUUGGCUGGCGGAGGAGAGUGGCAAUAUGGCACGCGAGGGUCUCCGAACGCUCGUAGUAGCGAAAAAGGUAUUGUCGGAGGAACAUUACAACGAUUUCGUGAUGCGUUACAAUGCGGCUAAGGUGAGCGUUACCGAUCGCGUUACAAAGGUGGCCGCUGUUAUCGAGAGUCUCGAGCGUGAGAUGGAACUUCUCUGUCUGACCGGUGUCGAGGAUCGGUUGCAGGAACGGGUACGACCAACGCUCGAACUGCUGCGUAACGCGGGCAUUAAGAUUUGGAUGCUGACCGGCGAUAAGCUCGAGACGGCCACCUGUAUUGCAAAGUCGUCGCAUCUUGUUGGGCGCAACCAAAGCAUACACGUACUGAAGAGUGUGCUCACACGCACGGACGCCCAUCUGGAGCUAAACCAGUUCCGGCGGAAGCAGGACUGUGCGCUGGUUGUGUCCGGCGAGAGCCUUGAGGUGUGCCUGCAGUACUAUCAGCCCGAGUUUAUGGAGUUAGCGACGGCCUGCCCGGCGGUCGUUUGCUGUCGCUGCAGUCCCACGCAAAAGGCGCAGGUCGUAUCGUUGAUUCAAAAGUACUCGAAAAAACGCACGUGCGCCGUUGGAGAUGGUGGCAAUGAUGUGAGCAUGAUCCAGCAAGCAGAUGCGGGUAUUGGUAUUGAGGGACGUGAAGGCAAACAAGCGUCACUGGCGGGAGAUUUUAGCAUACCGCAGUUUUCACACAUUGCGCGGCUGCUGAUCGUGCACGGUCGGCGUUCGUACAAGCGUUCGGCUGCCCUUUCGCAGUUCGUCAUUCAUCGAGGGUUGAUCAUAUCGACCAUGCAAGCGGUCUUUUCGGCCGUGUUCUACCUGUCUUCGGUGGCGCUUUAUCAGGGUUUUCUGAUGGUCGGAUACGCGACACUGUACACAAUGUUUCCGGUGUUUUCACUCGUGCUCGAUCAGGACAUUAGUGCGAACAUUGCGAUUACGUAUCCCGAGCUUUACAAGGAGCUGUCCAAGGGCCGCAGCUUAAGCUACAAAACGUUCUUCAUGUGGGUGUUGAUCAGUAUCUAUCAAGGCGGUGUGAUCAUGUACGGUGCGCUGAUUUUGUUUGAGGACGAAUUCAUUCAUAUCGUAGCAAUCAGCUUUUCGGCCCUCAUUCUUACGGAGCUGAUAAUGGUUGCAUUAACCAUUCGUACGUGGCACAAAUUGAUGGUUAUAGCGGAACUGUUCAGUCUGGUGCUGUACAUUGUCUCUCUUGCCGUGCUGCACGAAUAUUUCGACUGGGAGUUUAUCUGGUCGUGGGAUUUCCUGUGGAAAGUGCUGGUCAUCACACUCGUCUCCUGUCUUCCGCUGUACAUUCUAAAAUUCUUGCGCAAAAAGUUCUCACCACCAUCGUAUUCGAAGCUCUCCUAAGCGUACGGUUUUGUUUGUUUUUUUAUUUAUUUAUUCCUAACUUUCGACGCAACGAACGCACUCGUUUCGGUGUUGCGUACGGCAGUGCUGAACAUUAUUUACCUUUAUAAGCGCAUUAAAUAUUCAAGUUAUUAGUUUUUACCGUGUCCCCGGGUUGCUUUUUAGCUUCAAAGUAUUAGCUUUGAUGUUCGUUAUAAGCUGGGAACACAUUUACUUGCGGUACUUGUAUUCCUUUCCCCUUUUUUAAUACAAAUUAUACCAAUAUGCUGCUGCAUUGUAUUGAUCUAUAUACAUAUACUUUGAUCGUGAUAUUUUCCUUCUAAUCGUAAUUCACUCACCCAUGCACCCGAAUGGAGAAAAACCGCGAGUGAGAAACAGUGCAGAGAGUGUAUAGCUGAGAGAGAAUUAUUUAAACCGGAACAGCAGCGAAAGUACAUAACUGAAACAUAACUUGUUACAAACAGUGUCUAAAUGAAUAUCAAUGCCUUCGGCAGUCGAACGUAGUACAGUUCGCGAUGAACAAUUUUUAAAAUGGUAAUUAAUGCAAACUUAAGCGUUCAUUUUUACUAAAGUGGUAAAAACUUUAAAACAUAAAAAUACAAUGAUACACGCACACACAUCCACAUGCAAAACAAAACAAGAACAACACAACCAACAGCAUUAAAACAAACUAAACGUAAAAAACAAACCAGGAGAUGUUGCAGUAAGGUGAAAGGUGUACCACGAGCGGGUCAAAUCUUGUAACCAUUGAACCAAUAUUAUCCAACCAAGUGGAUCCAACCAGUGGUGAGUUUCACACCCCUCUUGGUGCACAUGGAGAAGAAAUAAAACGGAUCACGCGUAAAUGGACUAAUUGAAUUAAUAAAUUUCACAAUU